AAAAUUUUUGUUCAUAAAAAUCAGGAAGUGAGGUUAUCUCUGAUUCUCUGAUUAAGUUGAUGAAUUUGAUGUUGAUACAUGUUAUUUGAGUAAAAAAAAGGUGAACGUAAUUUUCAUAGCAUUUCAUGCUUUGAAUUCAAAUAAAUAAAUAAAUAUGGGCAACGAUCAGUCGCAGUUGCCUGGAAUUGAAAUAGAAGAAAAAGCUGUCGAAGUAUCUGAUUUUUGGACACAACAUUCAGCAUGUAUUUUGAAUUCUGAAAUCGUAACCAAUUUAUCUGUAUUUAUUGGUGAAUUAUUUAUUGACGGUUCUCUAUGGGCUGUGCAAACACCUCUAGAAAAAAAUAGUAAAAUUUUGAUGAUAUAUCGUCAUCCAUGCAUUAUAAAAUAUGUUUCUUCUUGGCAAAAGAAUUCAAAAUAUUAUUUGGCAGUAGAAGAAGUAACUCCACUGGCUCAUAUUCUUCCUACCCUUAAUACAUUACAAAUAUGUAUAGGGUUGCAUUCAAUACUUAAAGCUUUACAUUUUUUACAUGAAAAAACGUCAUCAUCGCAUAAUAAUAUAUGUGUUGCUUCUAUUUAUGUUACCAAAAGUGGCAGUUGGAAAUUGGGUGGAAUGGAAUACCUUUGUAAAUAUAAAGAUCUCGACCAAGAUUAUUUAAAUAAAUCUAGAACAAAUAGAUAUGAUAAAGCUAUUGAUACUAAUGAAGAUAAACUUCUUCUAAAUAUUAAUAAGCAGAAAGAUUUUAUUGAUGUAUAUGCCUUUGGAGUACUUGCCUGUGAAGUAUUAAAAUCAAAGGGCAAUAGUGACGACAUUCCAAACUUAUCAUCAUUUUGUGAGUAUUGCCAUAAAGAGCUGCAAAACUCGAAUAUUUCCCAAAGACCAAAGUUAAGUUCGAUAUUAGAACAUGACUUCUUUAAUCAUGAAUUUAUUACUAUCCACUCGUUUCUGAUAGAAUUGCCCUUAAAAUCGGAUGAGGAGAAAACAUUGUUUUUCCGAAGUCUUAAAGAUAAAUUAAAAAGCUUCAAUGAGGUCGUUGUAGCAAGUCAACUUAGUAGCCUGCUUCUAUCUAGAAUGGUUUUAUUAAACAUAACCGCUCAAGAGUUCCUCUUGCCUUUUUUAUUGACUCCACACCCCGAUCAAGAAGCACAUUCAGAGCUAUUAUUUUCAGAAGAUACUUUUAAAAAAUAUGUUUCACCAAAACUAUUAGAAAUUAUUAGUGUCCGUGAUGCACAAAUUAGACUGCUUCUGUUGACACACUUUUUGAGUUUUAUGCAUAUAUUUUCUAAAGAAGAAUUGCAGACAUGCAUUUUGCCAGAGCUGCUUGUGGGAAUCAAAGACACUAAUGACCAUCUAGUUGCUGUCACACUAAGGACAUUAGCAGACUUGGUGCCAGUACUAGGAGCUGCAACAGUAAUUGGUGGCAAACGAGCCAAAUUAUUUAAUGAUGGCAGACCAAUUACCCAUUCCAGUAAAAGAUUGUUAAAAGUAGUGUCAAAACCACGAGAAAUUGAACAACCUGCACCUACACCUGAAGUAUUACAAAAUCAGAUAAGUGUAAAUAGUUUAGCCAUAGAACCAAAUAAUGUAAUAACAUUGCCAGAGAGAUCAAGACCAGAUGGAGAAGAAGGUGAAACCUCCACAGAAGAAGUUGAACAGUCAAUUGAUGAAGAUUUAGAUAAUUGGGAAGAUUGGGACAUCAAUGAAAAUAAUCCCAGUUCAAAUAAUCUUUUAAAUACAAUAGAAGAUAAUACUCAUUCAACUGAAUAUGUGCCAGAGAAUUUAAAUCAAAAUAUAUUGAAUGAGGUUAUUGAGACUGACAGUACUGUGUCCCAACAAAGUGUAGAGAAAUCAAAAAGAACAAUACCCGAUAUCGGGGAACUCGAUAUAAAAAACCAAUUAAACAGGAACGAAAACGAUGACUUCGACUUUUUCCAAGACAUGGAACCUGUAAUAAAUGCAACCAAUAAGUUUUUAAUAAAUGAAAGUGACAGUGACAUUAUUUUCAGUAUUGAUAAAGAAUUUAGCAGUAAGCUCACAUUGAAUGAUAAUGACAUUCAUGAGGAGGGUUGGGGUGAUGGAGAUUGGGAAUGAUUUUUUUUAUUAAAGCUUUAUUUUGUACAAUAUUGUAUAAAUAUCUUAGAUAAUAUUAUUUCUUUGCU